AUGGCGCCCGACCUUGCAAAUCGUGCUGUUAACGGCAAUACCAUCACGGCCCUCAGCAGAUGGUCUAUUCUAGACAAAAAGUUACCUCCUAUCGAUCGAAUUAGUACUAUUCACGUCUACGACUUCGAUAAUACCUUAUUCCAAACACCUCUCCCGAACCCUAAACUAUGGAAUGCCUCGACAAUUGGCCAACUAGGACGACCCGACAUAUUCAUCAACGGCGGCUGGUGGCACGAUUCGAGAAUACUGGCUGCGACCGGCGAAGGCGUUGAACAUGAAGAGAAGCGCGCCUGGGAGGGCUGGUGGAACGAGAAGAUUGUCGAGUUGGUUCGGCUGAGUAUGCAGCAGGAGGAUGCCCUCUGCGUUUUGCUAACGGGACGUUCCGAACAAGGGUUCUCCCAACUGAUUAAGCGAAUCGUUGCAAGCAAGGGCCUAGAAUUCCACAUGAUGGGGCUAAAGCCGUUUGUUGGUCCCAAUGGCGAGACCUUUGCGAACACCAUGGACUUUAAGCAAGUUUUCAUCAGAGCCCUGUUGUCAACCUAUAGAGGAACUAAGGAGAUACGCAUCUACGAAGAUCGUCCAAGACAUGUUGAAGGGUUUCGCGACUUUUUGGCCGACCACAACAAACAGAGGGUCAGCCAGAGAAGAAAUCCCCUUGUCGCCGAGGUCAUUCCAGUUGCCGAGCUUUCUGCUACUCUUGAUCCUGUUGUCGAAGUAGCAGAAGUACAACACCUUAUUAACGUUCACAACGCUCUGGUCCAAGAACAGGGAAACCGAGGGAAGCGCAUGGCUAUCAAGAAGACCGUCUAUUUCACUAGCUACAUGGUCGAAUCGGCUGACUCUGCGCGACUCGUCAGCACUCUACAAACAAUGGUAUCGGACCUCGUCGACAUGAAGUAUCUUGCUAACACUAUACUUAUCACUCCGCGACCUUGCCCGAAAAACAUAUUGGAUAAAAUAGGGGGCAUGGGUUCCAAGAUGAUGUGGGAAGCCGUUGAUAUUGGCUCCUUUCAGAAUAAUCUCUGGGCAGCGCGUGUAAGACCUGUUCCUGCUAACGCGCAGUACCACACCGAUAAUCCAUCGCCGGCUGUUGUGCUGGGUUUGAGAAGAGGGGCCCGCCCACCGGAGGUGAACAGAAUCCGCAAUUGGCAGCCGAUUCCUCUUGAUAAAACCUUCAUGUUCGAGACAACAGUGGGUGAAAAGGUGAUGCUCCGCAUUGAGACUGAGCGUCAAGAAAAAGAGACGGACGAGUAUGAAGACCGAAGAGAUGGUGUAUAUCAAUCUAAGGUCAACAACAAGCGGAAAUACUACAAAGAGGACGAUCGACAGCCACGCCAAAGUAACGGAAACUUUGGCAACAGCGGUCGUGAUUAUCAUAAUCCAACUCACCAGGGACGAGGAGGAGCUGAUAACCGCGGCCGUGGUGGCUAUAGAGGCGGUGGCGCCCCUCGAGGUGGCCGUGGCGGCGGUAGCAGAGGAAACUUCAAAGGCCCCGGUAGAGGCGGCAAGGGAGUUCAUGGUUAUCGGUCUCUAGACGACGUAGACCGGCGAGACAGCAACCAGGGAGGGUUUGGUCCGUCAGCUGUAUCCUAUGAUGACAGCUUUCCCAACUUGUCAUCUGGCGGCCCCCCGCCGCCUUCUCAAUACCCUCUGCCACCACCGCCAACCUAUGGCCAACCCUUCCCACAACAACAAACGCAAUGGCAAGCUCCCGGAAACACUUCCACGCAAUCGCGUCCCAUGGGCGCUCCCGGCCCGGAUCUGCAAAAUUACUAUUAA